AUGGAAGAAGAAAGACAACUGUGUGAACUACUCAGGAUAUUGCAGCCUUUCGCCUCUGGCCUCUCCGAGACCCGGACGAACACAUCAGACCUGAGGCACCACUCCACUCCACUGUGUAAAAUACAACUCGAACCACAUUUUUCUCCAGUCGAGGUAUCAUCGUCAAAAUUGAACGAGCAAUGGGUAAAGACAAGAAGAAAGCUGACAAAAAAAACAGAAAAGUCUACACUCCCUCCACCGCUCCUUGAGAUUUCAGGAAUUGAAAGUACUUCAAAACUGGACAGUUCAUUAGUUAACCAGCUGGAAGAAGCCCAGAGCAAACAGACAGGUCCCAAAGAAAAGCCAAAGUCCAAGGAACCACAGACGGAAGAUGUCAUUGAGUACUAUGACGAGCCUGCACUCACCAAGCUUAUUGUUGAACGCUACGAAGGAGAAAAAGUCCACGGGCUGUAUGAAGGAGAAGGCAUUGCAUAUUUUCAGGGAGGCAACGUCUACAGAGGAACAUUUUCAGAAGGAAUCAUGCAUGGACAAGGGACUUAUAUUUGGGCUGACGGAUUGAAAUAUCAGGGGAACUUCGUUAAGAACAUGCCUAUGAGCUAUGGAGCUUACACCUGGCCGGAUGGCAGCAAAUAUGAAGGGGAGGUGAAGAAUGGCUUGAGGCAUGGAUUUGGUUUGUUCAGAUGUGGUCCCCAGCCAAUAUCGUAUAUGGGCCAGUGGUGCCAAGGCAAGAGGCAUGGGAAGGGUUCCAUGUUUUACAACCAGUAUGGUACCUCUUGGUAUGAGGGAGAAUGGGUAAACAACAUCAAAAAAGGCUGGGGUGUGAGAUGUUACAGAUCUGGAAACAUUUAUGAAGGUCAGUGGGAAAACAAUGUGCGCCAUGGUGAGGGAAAAAUGAGAUGGUUGACAACAAACGAAGAAUACACUGGACAGUGGGUGAACGGAAUCCAGAACGGCCACGGAACACACACUUGGUUUCUGAAAAGAAUACUUGUCUCUCAGUAUCCUCUGAGAAACGAAUACGUGGGAAAUUUUGUAAAUGGAAGUCGUCAUGGUCAUGGAAAGUUCUGCUAUGCUAGUGGAGCCGUGUACGAUGGAGAAUGGGUUUGCAAUAAAAAGCAUGGCUUGGGCAGGUUUACCUUCAAGAAUGGGCGUGUUUAUGAGGGAGAAUUUGACAAUGACCGCAUAGCAGAAUUCCCAACCGUUGAAAUUGAUGUAACUAGUAAUCAGGAUCUCAGCAUCUCUUGUCCUCAAACUCCUCUUAAUUCUGAAAUUCUCAGAGUACUUGAUGGCAGUGAAAGUUCAUCUGUUUUAGGGUCAAACAUUGAACUAGACCUUUCUUUAUUACUGGAAAAGUAUCCAGAGAACCAAAGACUGGAAGAAAAGAAACAGGUAGAAUAUGCCGUCUUGAGAUAUAUUUCAGAACUGAGGCAAAUAUACAGUUUUUACAGCAGUCUAGGACAUGAUAAUUCUCUUGACAACACCUUCCUGAUGACAAAGCUUCAGUUCUGGAGAUUCCUAAAGGAUUGUAAAUUUCACCACUAUAAAAUAACACUUGCAGAUAUGGAUAGGCUAUUGAAUGCCAAUAAAGCACAAGUUGAAGAAAUUCAUUUUCCAUUUGAAACUUUGUUACUGAGAACAUUUUUGAGCUACCUCUUGCACCUGGCAUGCCACAUUUAUCACAAAGAGUACCAAACUAAAGACCCCUCUCUCUACAAGUGUUUUACCAAAAUGAUGGUUGAAAACAUUAGCCCCAAUGCCUGCCAUGUCAAAGGCAAUUUGUUUUGUGAACAACAACGAGCAGUAUAUUCAGUGACUUACAUCGAGAAAUGCUGGGAUAUUUACACAGCUUAUUGUAGACGAAGACCUCUUCCCCCUUAUGAGCCUUCUAUGAAAAUGAGGCACUUCCUCUGGAUGCUGAAGGAUUUUAAAAUUAUAGACAAACAACUAACGGCCAAGAAGUUUGUGGAAAUCCUUGCAGAGGAUAAUCCUGAUGUAUAUGAUGGACUUGACAGCACUUUAGAACUAGAGAUUGUUUUUCUUGAAUUCUUUGAAGCUCUGAUAAGCUGUGCACUUGUCUGUGUUACGGAAGAGGUGAUUGAAGCUGAAGGAAACAAACUGAUGGAUGAUUUUCCAGAAGGGCCCAAACAUGCAAGUGGACAGCAGGCUCCUGAAUGUGAGAAUCCCGUGAUGGCUUCACCUAUGCACAAGUCCAAGGAGGCUCUAAUAGAAGAAAAGGCUUCCAAGAUAAUUGGGAAAUCCAUAGGAAAAGCACCAUCUCUUUAUCAAAAUCAGACUGCUCGCUGUGUGAAAUUUGAUUCACAUCCAAUGCUCCAACUGCUAGAAGUUGUCUCAAAAUCAGACCACGAAGAUGAAACUCUAAUCCCAUCUCAUCCCAACAAGACUGAAGCACAGAGCCGAGUAAGCUGUCCUGUUAAAGUUGCACCAGAUAAAUACGAGAACUCCAAAGACGAACAGAAAGAAACACUCAAUAUGUGGAUCAGUCAGCUCCAUGUCUUUUUUGUAAAUAAGUUAUUUCAAGCAUAUAAGCAUGAAGAAAUCUUAAAGGAAAAAAUAAAGGAAAUCGGUUUCCAGGAUGCAGAAAUAGCAAAGCAAAAGAAGUUAGAAGAUGAUGAGCUCGAAGCAAGGCUCAUAACGCUAAGAGUGGAGGAGAUGAAGAAAGAAGAAGAAAUGGAGCCAAUCAUUUCAGUGUUUAUAGAAAACAUGAAUAUCCAGACAUCAGAGAGAGAAGAUGUACUGAUUCAACCCCACAGUAAUAUUAGCAGCAAGCUUCCUGCAGGUGGGAAGAAAAAGAAAAAGUAAAAUCAAUUGGUGAUAUGGUUAUACCAGAGUUAUAGGAGUCUGGGAAAGUAAUGUGGAAUUACAUCUAACUUCUAGUAAUGCAAAGAUGGGACAUUACUGAAUUAAAUAUUUUUUUCAAUCCAA